UCCAAUCGGUCGUGAUUGCGUCUUGCACAGAACAGGCGAUGGAGAUGCGGUGGUAACGUGGAGCACAGCGAACAUGAUAUCGUUAAGAUAGAUAUAAAGUGGGGACAAUUUCGGCGUUAUAUUUACACUGCCGCCUCGCUUCGGUCUCUCUUCGUUGCAGGUGGAGGUGGACAUGUUGCCGAAGCUACAGGAAAGCCGGAGCGGCAGCUGACGCGUCUCGUCUGAUCUCUUCUUGUCUUCUUCGUCGAUCCUUAUUUUUCUUAGGAAUUGUUGAGGUUUUUUGUUGUGGAUUUGAGAUUUGUACUGGAAUCGCUCGCUUUUGGCGGGUGCAUUUUCUUGGGGAUUUGAUGCGAAGCGGGGGAACCAAGGCACCGGAUCGGCGUUUUCCGGGGAAGGAAUGCUCGUCGCAGCCGCCGGCGGAUUAGGUCUUUUGGUCGUGGUCGCGGCGUAGAAUGCGGCGUUUCGCUGAGGAGGACGGCGGGGAUGCGGCGGGUGAGGAGGAAGAGAGGAUGCCGGCUCAGGUUGGGAGUAGAUGUCCUGGUGUAGGUGUCAGGAGAGUGGCUCCGACCAUUGGCCAUGGUGACGGGGAGAUGGCGUUGGAGAAGGCGCUGGCGAAUGGGGACUUUUAUGCUGGGGAGUUCUCCGGGAACGCCCCGAAUGGGCGGGGGCAGUACAUGUGGUCGGAUGGGUGCGUGUAUGAAGGGGAGUGGCGGAGGGGGAAGGCCUAUGGGAAGGGGAAGUUCUCGUGGCCGUCCGGCGCCACCUACGAUGGUGAUUUCCGUUCCGGGGGGAUGGAGGGCUUCGGCAACUUCAUCGGGGCAGAUGGAGAUACUUACCGUGGGCAGUGGGUCGCCGACCGAAAGCACGGUUUCGGCAGCAAGUCCUACGCCAACGGCGACUACUACGAGGGCUUGUGGCGGCAAAACCUCCAGGAGGGCCACGGUCGGUACGUGUGGCGGAAUGGCAAUAAGUACGUCGGCGAGUGGCGGGGCGGCGCCAUUAACGGCCGUGGUGCUCUCAUCUGGGCUAACGGCAAGCGAUACGACGGCCAAUGGGAUAACGGCGUCCCCAAGGGCAGCGGCGUCUUCACUUGGCCUGACGGCAGCUACUAUUUUGGUAGCUGGAACACCAGCGAGCACACGGCCCUCAACGGAUCGUUCUAUCCGGCGCCCAACACUGUUACUGCGUGGAAGACGAGCUCCUUGUCUCAAUUGGACGAUGUGUCGGUCACAACAUCAGCCCCCGUAGCAAGGAAAACAUCAUCGGUUGAUGAUGAACGAGCUACCAGGAGAAGCUCGGUGGCAGAAAAGGGCUUCCCAAGGAUUUGCAUCUGGGAGUCGAAUGGUGAGGCUGGGGAUAUCACUUGCGAUAUCAUCGACACUCUUGAGGCAUCAAUGCUUUACCAGGAUGGAUCAUUCUUGAACCAGACAGGUGGUGCCUUCAUUGCUACGGUGCAGCGGCGACCAACUCCCUGCUGUUUUUCAUUUCCAGAGGUAAAAAAGUCAGGGCACACAAUAUCGAAGGGGCACAAGAACUAUGAUUUGAUGCUAAACCUCCAAUUGGGGAUAAGUUAUUCAGUAGGAAAGCCAGAUUCAGCUCGGUUGAGUAAACUCAAGAUGUCAGAUUUUGACCCAAUGAAGAAGUUCCAGACAAGAUUUCCACCGGAGGGAUCAAAGAAUACUCCGCCACACCAGUCGGUUGAGUUCUGCUGGACGGAUUACUGCCCUAUGGUCUUCAGGCACCUGAGGAAGUUAUUUUCAGUGGAUCCUGCAGACUACAUGUUAGCUAUUUGUGGCAACGAUGCUCUGAGGGAGCUCUCUUCUCCUGGGAAGAGUGGGAGUUUCUUUUUUCUAACACAGGAUGAUCGCUUUAUGAUUAAAACAGUGAAGAAAUCUGAAGUGAAGGUACUGAUUAAGAUGCUGCCUAGUUAUUACCAUCAUGUAUGCCAGAAUUCAAACUCAUUAGUUACAAGAUUCUACAGUGUCCACUGUGUUAAACCUAGUGGUGGUCAGAAGGUUAGGUUCAUUGUCAUGGGUAAUUUAUUCUGCUCGGAAUACCGCAUCCAUAGAAGAUUUGAUUUGAAAGGAUCAUCAUAUGGGCGUACAACUGGCAAGACUGAGGAACAAAUUGAUGAGACGACAACACUCAAGGAUCUUGAUCUAAACUUUGUUUUUCGCAUUCAUACAUCUUGGUAUUUGGAGCUCCUUAAACAAAUCAAGCAAGACUGUCAGUUCUUGGAAGCUGAGGGGAUUAUGGAUUACAGUCUCCUGGUGGGAGUUCAUUUCUGUGAGGACAUUGCACCGUGCCUUGGUUCCCCAAAAAUAUCUGGCAAGAAGGCAACAUUUCAGUGCAGCGACACCUGGCCUGACUCGGUGAAAGUGUCAACCUGUCAAGAUAUGGAUCAGAUUCUCAACACAGGAAAAUCACUCAUCCGUUUGGGGUCAAACAUGCCAGCAAUUGCCGAGCACGUUACAAGAAGUGAAUCUGAACUAGUUCUGGUAGCUGGUGGUGGUUUGCCCCCACUCCUUCAAAGCGGCAAGUUCCAUGAUGUGUUUCUCUACUUUGGGAUUAUUGAUAUCCUCCAAGACUAUGACAUUACCAAGAAGUUGGAGCAUGUCUACAAAUCACUGCAAACAAACCCCAACUCCAUCUCGGCAGUUGGCCCGAAGCUCUACUCUAAACGGUUCCAAGACUUCAUAAGCAGAAUCUUCAUAGAAGAUGAUUGACACAGCAUUAUUUACAAUGCUUCUGAACUAUCAAUAGGAGGAACGGCGAUGCGCCGCCAAAUUUCAGCAAUUGCCAAAAUGUUACAUGUAUCUGCAGCUUGAAGAAGAGCACAAGCUGCAGUCUACUACAAGAGGAAAGCACUACCUGAUCAUAGAAGCUAUUUUAAGGCGGAUGUAGCUGAGUUUUCUAGCUCAGCUCUGGAGAAGAUAUGUACAUGUGUAUUGGAAUGAGGGAGAGUUGAAUUCCAUUUUUUUUCCUUUUAUUUUCUUUGCUCUUUUAUUUCCUGGAAGAGAGAGAUUUUUAAGCAAACUGUUGCUA